GAAGGGGAAACUAAUUAUAUGUGAGAAAAAUAAUGAUAAUUCCACUGAUUGUAUUAUAUUGUAAAAACCUAGUAUUAUGUCUAAUUCUAUACCGAUUCGUUUAGUUGUAUAUCCAUUAUUGCGUAACCUUUCACAUUUAGAGCAUAGAGUUACUAGCACACAAUAUCGACAGUUUUCAUUAACAAAUAAUAUGGCAGUUACUGCAGAUUUGACAUAUGCUCCUGUACUCGAUGAUCAAACAAUUAGUGCAUCUUGGUCACCUAAAAUGAUCGCAUGGCAGCUUCAUUCUUAUGGAAACUUAGAUGAUUUGUUACUUACCAGUAAUGCACGUUCUCCAGUCAUGACAGGCGCAAAAGAUGUAAUUGUACGUGUUAAAGCAUCAUCAAUUAAUCCACUUGAUGUUAUGAUGACUGAGGGUUAUGGUCAAGUUAUUCUGGGUACCAUUCGUCAAGCUCAACAAAAAUCAUUACACAAACCUGUAGAAUUUCCUUUAACUCUGGGUAGAGAUUUUACAGGAGAAAUUGUUGCUAAAGGACCAAGUGUUACAAAUAAUUAUAACAUCGGAGAUAUAGUCAUGGGUGUGGUUCCUCCUUUCCAGCAAGGUUGCCAUGCUGAAUAUGUCUCAGUCCCAGAAAGUCUUAUCGCUAAAAAACCUGUACAUAUGUCAUAUGAAGAAGCAGCUGGGUUAUUAUAUACAGGACUAACUGUAUAUAGCGCAUUAAAAGUUGCAGGUGGUUUAUACAUUUUGGAUGCUGCUAGUAAAAAUGUUUUAGUAAUUGGAGGAUCUGGAGGAGUAGGAAAUUGUGCUAUACAGUUGCUAAAAUCUUGGGGUUCUAAGGUUACUACUACAUGUAAUACUGACGCUAUCAAAAUUGUGGAGAAACUUGGACCAGAUAAUAUUGUUGAUUAUAAUUCUAGUGAUAUGAGACAAAAAUUGGAAGAAUUUGGAAAGUAUGACAUUAUAUUGGACGCAGCAGGAAUACCGUAUGAAGACAUCAGUGUUUAUACAACUCUUUUAAAAGGUUGGACCUGUAGUUGUUUCAUUACCUUAAGAAGUCCAAUUUUAAAGAAUACAGAUUCUUAUGGAUUGUUGGGUGGAAUGCUAAAAAAUGCUUAUGAUCUAGUUGUACCAAAUAUUUUAUCUGGAGCAGUAUUCAAAGGUUCUACUAUUCGAUGGGGUACUUUUAUGCCUCUUGAAGGAGGUGUUAGAGAAUUAGCAAAAUUAGCUGAAGAAAAGAAAAUAACUGUUCCUAUAGACACAGUUUAUAAAUUUAUGGAUUUUAAAGAAGCAUAUAAUAAAGUUAAUGAAGGGCAUCUCAGGGGUAAAGUAAUUGUAACUUAUGACCAAGAAGGCUUAGAUACAGCUAGAUUAUCUAAUUAAAUUAAUUUAAUAUUGUUGUUUAUUGUUUUACUAUUAUGGUUAGUUGUGUUAACUUUUUUCUUUUUAAAACUGUUGUUUUAUAUUAAUUUUAUCUUGUUUAUUUUAUAAUAUAUUAUUUUUUAUGAUAAAUUAAAUACAUCUUUUGAACUCA